UACAUAAAGUGAGGCCAGAAGGAGUUCGGCUUGGUGCAUUUUUUGUCGGCGUUGUGGAGUUUUUAUUAUCGGGACUUGUUGCAGCUGUAAUGUGGGCGGGGUUGUAUCUUAACUCGCAGGAUAAACUAUCCCCCGAGCUAUCAAAGAAUCAGAAAAUCGCCGUAGCUCUUUUCGGCGCCAGUUAUACUCUACUGUUCCUCGCCUCGACCUUUGGUAUUCUGGGAGUCCUCCGCAAACGAAUCAGUUGGAUCCAAUCAUUUUUAUCGUUCAUGAGAGGCUACCUCAUCGGCAACACGAUUGUCACCAUCAUCAAUAUCGUCAUAUUCUUUAUCGAUAAUAAGGAUACCGGCACUUGUGUCAUCACGGAUGAAAAUGGGAACUGUGAAAAUACUUCGUUAUCAAGAGGGGCGCAAAUUGCGAUUGUGAUCAUAGUGGCAAUUGUGCCGUUGUUGGUACAAGCUUAUGCCUGUUGGAUCCUCUCGGACUGUGUUAAAUACCUGCGCGACAAGCAAGUCUACCCGAUGACAUAUUACCCCUUCUCUUCUGGAGGAUACGCCGCUGUUGGUCCGUCAACCAAGGAGGAGAAUGCUUCGUUGACACACAACAGUGGGUCAGCGACAGGGGCUCCUUACGCCAGUGGAGGAGUUUGAUGGAUAGGCUUAUUACGAAGUCAGAUCUGUCGAUGUCUUCUUGGUCGGCUUUUGUUUCCCCGCGUGAUUCCCAAAGACUCUUGAAAGAGCAAUGGCUCGGAGGAGUUGCUGUCACUGUAUCUACUAAGUAUGUUCCUUCGCCUUGAAGAAUACCUAUAAUGUAUCGAUGGCCGAGUGUUACUUUUCACGAUUCAAUUUAAGUACGUGUUGUUCUCCAGC